UCAUGGAUCUACUUGUUUGGAAUUGACCUAGCAACGACAAGGUACCUUCUUCCCUUCACACUCACAGACUCACACUCAUCCAUUUUAGCUCCAGCCAAUCAGAGAGAAGGAUUCUGUUAUUUCCUAACACUUCACGAAGAUGGCGUCACGUCGGAACCAUGCAACGAACCAACAGCUGAGUAUGCGGGACAAGGCCCAGAGGAAACAUAACAAUCAUGAACAUCGUACAAAUUUCCGAGCAGGCUUCAUCCCUAUCAAUGAAGAAUACUUGCACAAAACUGGUAUUAGGGGUUCCAAGAAGAAAGUUCUCUACUGUGUUGUUGCUUUCCUUCUGUUGGUUGCUAUAGCCAACAUAGUGGUAACUGGUUUGCUAAUGUCUGUACUAAAACUGACCCCGUUUGGACUGCAGUCACUUGAAUUUAUCCCUGGAGGGGAAUUACUACGGUUUAUUGUGAAUAGUGUCUUACCAAACAUUACCCUGAUAGGUGGACAACUGGGCAGCCGGAUGUGGAGUGGAAUGAAUUUCACAGCUGAUCAGUCUGUGAUCAAUAUUGGCUCUCCAGGAUCUUCGAUGUUGUCUGUCAAUGAGACCCAAAGCUUGUUCACCACUGAUGCUUUUGAUGUUAUUGAUGCUGACACUAGUAAACUUGUCUUUUCAACUGAUCCAAACAAAGAAUGGUCAUUUCCCAAAAUGCCACAAAAUCUCCAAACCAAUGCCAUAGAAACUACCUAUAUAAAAAGUCGAACAAAGUGGAACGACAUUGUUUUCGAAUCUUUCUCCAGAGUUGACGUAAAAGGUGAUGCAGGUGUAAGUACAGAAGAAAACAUCAACAAAAUCAAUAUCCAAGCCAGCAAAGGAAUCUCCUUGAAUACCAAGAAAGGUAACUUGAAAUUUGAUGCUAGCAACGGCAACAUAAUAAUUAACAAGAAAACUCUACGCCCGAUCAAAGUUGAGAAUCCUGGAGUAAAUGCUACAGGCGAGACAUUCAAGUUGUGUAUCUGUACACCGAGUGGCAAGUUGUUUGUCGUACCAAACACCUUAAAUUGUCUAUCACCAAAGGAUGCAUGUAAUGAUGCUUAGCAAGAUGCGAUUGAAACAAAUCUGAAACAAAGGACAGUUAUUUUGUUUCUCCACCCUCUACCCAUUUGAUCACAUGACCUCCUCCCCACCACUAAUCACUUAUUUUUUGUUCCCUCUUUGUUUUAAAUCUUCCCUUCCAAAUGUUUGUUCAACUAAUUUUUUUUUUGUUUGGUUCACAGAAGUAGUUUAAAAUUUAAACAAUUAAUUGAUUGUAAUUAAGCUAUAAACUAUGUGUGGAUAUAACAGUGUCAUAGCAAAGGAGAGAGAAAGCAGUUGUAUGGUUGGCUUCCCAUGGUGAAGUAAGGAUUCAAUACCAUGUGGUACUCACUUUCUCUUUCCCCUUCUACUUUAAUUAUAGAUGUUUCAUGUUCAUUCAUGAUAUGUGUGCGUGUGUGUAUGUGCGUAUAAUUUGAUGGAGCAUGUUUAUCUGGAUCAGUGGCUCCCAACCAUUUUUUGCCUAUGGACCCCUUUGGUUCCUAUUUUACUGGGGUGCCCUGCCAUAGCCAUUCAAUGUAUAUAUAUUAAAAAAUUCUACUGUAUUUUUAUAAUUAAAUAUUAUUA